UUAAUCUUUUAGUCUCCAUUUUAGGGCAGCUGAUAUUUGUUUGAGUAAAGAUUUUAUAAAAAUAAUUAUAUUUUUGUCCUAAAAUGGGUGCCUCAUUCGUUCCCAUCACGGUUUUCACCGUUUUCUGGGGUGUUGUGGGUAUCGUCUGUCCGUUUUUCGCCCCUAAAGGUCCCAACAGAGGGAUAAUUCAAGUCGUAUUGAUGCUAACAGCAGCUACGUGUUGGUUAUUCUGGCUGUGCGCGUACAUGGCGCAAAUGAACCCUCUCAUUGGACCCAGAUUGAACAACGAGACUCUUAUCUGGAUUUCACAGACUUGGGGCAAAUCUUACAAGCAAUAAGCAACACCAUUCAGCUAAGAUGAAUGUAAG